GUAGUGAGAUGUGUAUGACACAGAUAAGUGGGUUCUUUCGUGUCUCGCGCUUCGCAUAAUGGUUGAAUGUUCGUCGUAAGUGAAGUUGGUGAAAAUGUAACGGUAUUUAUAGUGCUUCAUUUGGUGCGUGUGUCAAGGGAGUAACUUACAGGAGACGUCAAUAAGGCAAAGCCAUGGAAAAUGUAACUCCGGAAGAUGAAGACUUCCCGGGUAGACUUCUGCAUCAGGCCGCGUUAUGGGACAAUGCCGAACUUUUGGAAGAUCUACUCCAUGGGGAGCAGAUAGCGCACAUAAACAGCCAGGAUUCAUGGGGUCGCACUCCGCUGCACGCAGCCGCUACAAACGACAACUCACGUUGUCUGGGAGUGUUGUUGCAAGCAGGAGCCGAUCCCAACACACCCUGCGGCCCCAGAGGAGAAAAUCGGACUCCCUUGCACCUGAGUUCCGAACAUGGGUUUGUGAGCAACGUUCAGCUGUUGCUGUCGCACGGCGCCGACCUGAUGGCACGCGACAACAAUGGACUGACGCCGCUCGACAUCUCGGAGAAGGGCGAGCACGUGGACUGCAUGGAGAUCCUGAAGCAGGCUGCCGAUGGGAGAUAG